AUGGUACGGUUCCAGAAAAGAAGUCGUGGAGCUCAACAUCAACCGAAUCUCAACUUGGCAGACGCUGCAAACAAAACGUUCCGGUUUAAAACACUGAGGAAGAAGUUCGCCUUUGCAUCUGUGGAGACAAUAUCCACGUUCAGUUCUGUACAUCUCGCCCGCACUCCUGUUAAGUUCAGCUGGGAAAGGCGUGGGAGGCUGAGAAGGAUGUUAUGUCGUCAGCUGAAACGUGAUCGUGACAACGAAUGGAAGUCAAGAGCGAAGGAGUUUGAGAAGCAGCGUCCCGUCAUUUUGGUACCUUUACACUUUGUGGAUCUCGAACAUGCCGACGAUGUAGUAAUAUUUGCUUCUAGCAGCGCGAAGUUGCGACGUGUUGUUUACCUUUUAUCAAAAUUUGCUGCAGCCUACGGACUGCGACUAAGCACCGAUAAAUGCAAGCACGUGUGGGUCUCCUCGAGACCCACAACGAGAAUCAGCGUUGACGGACAACCUACCGAAGCCGUGGAUGAGUUCUGUUGUUUGGGCAGUAUGCUCAAAAAAGCUACGAGAGUGAUAUUCAGCAAAGACUCGCUGAAGCUAGUUCGGCAUUCAACUCAUUGA